AUGUCCUCUCAGGUGUUCUACCGUAAAUGGCGACCCAGCCGCUUUAGCGACCUGGCCGGGCAGGAGCAUGUAACCAACACCCUGCGCCAGGCCAUCAUCCAAAACCGGGUUAGCCACAGCUAUCUGUUCUGCGGGCCGCGGGGCACCGGCAAAACCACCACCGCCCGCGUGCUGGCCAAAGCGGUCAAUUGCACCAAUCCCCAACAGGGCGACCCUUGCAACGAAUGCCACCUUUGCGUCUCCAUCAACGAUGGCCGCAACAUGGACAUCAUCGAGCUGGACGCUGCCAGCAACCGGGGCAUCGACGAAAUUCGCGACAUCCGCGACCGGGUCCACUUCAUGCCGGCCGAGAGCGCACGCAAGGUCUACAUCAUCGACGAAGCGCACAUGCUCACCGCCCAGGCGUCCAACGCCUUCCUCAAAACCCUGGAGGAACCCCCACAGCACGUCAUCUUCAUCCUGUGUACCACCGAAGCGCACAACAUCCUGCCCACCAUCAUCUCCCGCUGCCAGCGCUACGACUUCCGACGCCUGCCCGGUCAAACGAUUUACGAUCGGCUGGCUCACAUCACCGACCAGGAAGCCGUCGCCAUCCAGCCCGACGCGCUCCGUCUGGUGGCGCGCAACGCCGGCGGCUCUCUGCGGGAUGCCGAAAACAUUCUGGAGCAGCUGGUAGUAUCCUCCGGUGGCGAAAUCAGCCUUCAGGACGUGGAACAGCUGCUGGGCCUGGGCCGCAGCGACACCUACCUUAUCCUGGCCCAGGCGUUAAUGUCCGGCGACACGCCCGGGGCGCUGGCCGCCAUCAACGCAGCCGUUUGGGAGGGCGCCGAUCCCCGCCAGAUGCAGCGCCAGACCCUCGAUCUGCUGCGAUCGGCGCUCCUGAUCGCAUGGAACGCUGACGAUACGCUGGACCUGGCCGACGAUACGCUAUCAACCCUGCGCUCUGCGGUGCAGCAAUCCGACCAAUCCCGCAUCCUGCGCGCCGUGCGCAUCUGGGCCGAGGCCAACCUCCGUUACGACGCACCCGCCUCGCUACCCUUGGAAGUCGCCGCCGCCGAGAUCGGCCGCAGCGAACCCGCCGCCGUCCCGGAAACCUCGGUACCCCAGCCGGCGCGUACCCAACAGCCAGCCGUCUCCCGACGCCCGCCCCCACAGCGGCCCGCCACGCCCCAGCCCGCCGACCGGCCACCUGCCGCAAUCCCGACUUCGCCGCCGCCAACCGGCGCUCCCCCGAUGCAACCUUCCCGAACCCCCGCUGCGGCUCCAUCGCCAACCCCGGGCGUCGCGGGUGGAAUCCAGGGCCUAUGGGAAGACACUGUACGCCAGCUGAGCCGAACCAAGGGAAACAAAUACAGCCUGGGCGCGCUGCUGCGCGAUUGUCGUACCGAAAGCGUGCACCUCUCCGACGACGGCGCCACCUUGAUGCUGCCGUUUCGUAACGUGGCCAACCUGGACCGUAUGCAGGAAGAACUGGCCGACCCCAAAGUUCGUGAUACCAUCGAGCAGGCCAUCGAGCAGUGUUUCGGUACCCAUCAUCCAUUUGAGGUUACACUGGUCGGAGGUAACGGCGAAAACAACCGCCCGGCGCGCAAUUCCGCUCAAGACAGCCAUUUGCUACGCACCGCCAUUGGCUUGGGCGCGCGUAUCGUAGAAGACCAACAGGAGGCUCCGAACCAACUAUGA